AUGCCUCUCCCGAAUGCUUCGUUUCCUCGUCAAGCUGCACUUGCUAGUAAUAAGGAGAAGAGCAGUGUGGCUUGCAGUCUAACAGUCCACUCUAGUCAAAGCGACUGGAAAGAAGAGUCGCUGGAAGUCUUGCAAUCCUUGGAUACAGGCGACAUACUCCUUUACCGUACAAAGGAUUUGGGGGCCACCUUUAAUGCGGUCGUGCAGGGAUCCUACUACAGCCACAGUUCGGUAGUGGUAAGAGGAAAAAUGACAGAUUUAGAGCCUUUUUUUCCAGAAGAUUAUAAAAUUGACAAAAUUGACAAAAACAAUGACAAUGACGCGAUUUGCAUAUUCGAGGUCGUGCCGCAACGGGGGGUUUGUCUAUUUCCACUGGAAGCUCGGCUGGCCCGUACGAUUGACAACCUGGAAUACUUGAGUGUACGACGCCACAGUGGCUUGAUCACUCCCAGUGCGUACUCUAACCUGCUCUUGUUCAUACGGGAAGUCCUAGGCCGCAAAUUGGAACUGUUGACGUUGGACAUGGCGCGCUCUCUCUUUCUCCACCGAUUGGGCAAAAAGUACAAACAGUACGCUGCCACGCAGUACCUAAAAAAUGCCAAGGAAGAUUGGACACAAUUCUAUUGCAGUGAAUUGGUAGCCGAGAGUCUGCAGCAGUUGCACAUUCUACGAGAAGAGGGAUUCCAUUCCAAUGACCUAGUCCCGGCGUCCUUUGCCAUGCCUCCACCCGAUAUCGCACAGCUGCACCCACAUUCCAGACGAUCCUUCAAUUUUGGAGAAGACGAACAAAUCACUCGACCGGGACAUUCCUACAGUGAGGAACAACCACUCAUCGUACCUGAAGGAAACGAAUUGCAGCAAGCACUCAAGCUCAAAAAGAUGCAAAUGAAGGAACAGUACAAGAAGCAAAAACUAAAGCAGCAGCAGCAGCAUUAG